GUGAGUCCUGUAUUUCAUUUUUGGCAUUUUUAGGCAACCAUGCAAUUCAAAUUAUUCAAUCCAUUCCUCAUGCUGUGUACUCUGUCAGGCACUGGCUUGCCGGAUACGUAGAAAUCUGGAUAAUAAGGUUUAAUGGUUAUAAAUAACUUUUUUCUGAGAAUGUCAUGGUUCUUAAGGGAAACAUACUGGCCAACAUAUUGUCAACAAAAAAUCACUUAGGCCUAUACCACAAUGUGAUCCCUUGUGGCAAUUCCAUUAGAUUGAAUUAAGUGAGAUCACUGUUGGUCCCCUGCUGUCCGCUAAGCCAGGCACGGCUCAGAGGGUAUCAUCAUCAGUCUCCAGUCACACACCCACACACACAUCAAAGCAUGGGCAACAGCAAGAGUUGUGCUCUCUCAAAAGAGGUGCUGGAGGAUCUGAAGCUGAACACCAGGUACACCGAGGAGCAGCUCUACACCUGGUACCAGACCUUUCUGAAAGAGUGCCCCACGGGCCGCAUCAGCCAGCAGCAGUUCGAGAACAUCUACGCCACCUUCUUCCCUGACGCCGACCCCAAGGCGUAUGCCCAGCACGUCUUCCGCAGCUUCGACCAGGACAGCGACGGGACACUGGACUUCAAGGAAUAUAUAGUGGCUCUGCAUCUUACCUCGUCGGGCAAGACCAUGGAGAAGCUGGAGUGGGCCUUCGCUCUGUAUGACUUAGACCGCAACGGCAGCAUCACCAAGAAUGAGAUCCAGGAGAUUGUCAGGUCAAUAUUUCGUAUGAUCUCCGAAGAAGACCAGAAAAUUCUCCCCGAGGAUGAAAAUACCCCUGAAAAGAGAGCAGAUAAAAUCUGGUUCUUCUUCGGGAAGAAAGAAAAUGAUAAGUUAACAGAAGGCGAGUUCAUUCAAGGGAUCAUGGACAACAAGAACAUCCUGAGGCUGAUCCAGUUCGACGAGCCCCAAAAAGUCCAAGAGAGGCUAAAAGAAAAGAAGCAGUAGAGUUUCAUCUGAACACAUCACAUUUGAGGAGACAAAUGGCGAAACCACUGACAGAAGUAUUUUAUUUAUUAUAUAUUUUAUUUUCAAACAAUAGACAGCUUUUUUUCUUCAGGUUGUAAACUUUCAUGAUUUUCUGUAACUCCCCUUUUGAAUGAUAAUGAUGGUAAUGAUCUUUAUAGUUCAAGCAUGCAUUGUACUGAAAGUGAUAUAGAGGUCUGUUUCUGUGAUUAAAACAUGUCAUGCACUUUACAACAAUGAUAAACAGUAUAUUCUUAAACAGUUGUAAAACAGCUCUUUCAAAAUGUUUAUCAUUUCUGUACAAUUGCCAUACUCAUUAGCAUUCUUAGUCAUAAGCAUUUAUAGCAUACUUAUAUUCAUAUGAAUAUUCCAUUCUUUAAUUUUUUUGCAUACAAGAACAUUAAUUAUUUUUCACAGAGCACAUAUCCACGAUACAAAUGCUUCCAAUAUCCCAACGCAUAUUAUUCUUCACAAUAAACUCUUUUGUAUCCAGGUUA